CUGCUCCUGCCAGGCCGACCAGACACUCACUGCGUGUCUUGUGCGGACGACAUUGCAUCCCCCUCUCCUGAGAAGUCUCCAGCAACCGUCGCGCGGCUCUGCGUGGACUUGCCGCUGCUUCCGGAAGCUAUUUUAUCGGCCACAUCGCGGAAUUCCCAUUCGCUGGACUCUAUCUUUAUGACGCCGGUCAAAACCGCAUAGGCAGACGCACGACAUUCUUCUUCGCCCACUCUUCACGCUCGUUGCAGGGUGCAUACCUGUUCUGAUCAAUUCCGAACCGUCCGCGGGCGUGAAGACUGUCAUUCCGGCCUCAUCAGACACGGCGUUGCAACCGACUAGACUAUAAACACCAUUGUGACUAACCCCUCGGUGGACCCUCCCUCUCGCAUAGCAGCUCAUCAUGACUUCCACACAACAAGACGAACCCGCGCAGGCUGUGCGCUUCAGCUCCGUCAACCAAGAUAUUGAGCCCGAACAAGUCCCGCAGCAUGUCUCAACCCUCGCCCACGCUGACAAGACAUGCAAUGGCGAUCUCAGCUCCCAGGCCGAAGAAGAGAUUCGCAAUCUCUCUACAACCCUUCAAAAGUCGCGAUGUCAAGCUCGGCGGAUGGAGAACUUUUCCUUCGAGCCCGUCUCACUCCCGCCUUCAAGAGCCCCUUCUCCUUCUCCUGCCUCUCGAACACCUUCAGGCCACUCCGCUUAUCGCUCUGGAAAUACACCACGCCCAUCUCCUCCCACCUCAGUCAUGCACUCCCCGCCACUGACACCUGCGGGUACAUCGUCCAACGAAGGGAAGCCCAGCGCUGCCGUAGAGAGGAAAACUCCCAGCGACCCGGCUAUGAUGACUCCUCAAGUCUCACCACCCCAUGAGCCGCCGCCGACGUCAAUGGACGCUGUGCAAAAUGAUAAACGGCCGGCUUCGUUUGUUGCUCCGUCUCGGUCUCCAAGGCAAUCCCCGCAGCCGUCUCCGCGGCCAGCAUCAUUAUCUGACGUACCCGGUGUUGUUGCAGCACACCCAAAACACCCUCCCACUUUCUCGGUUGGCCCGGCAGGUGACUCAAUACCAGCUUCUCGAGAAGUAAGUCCAUCCGGCUCGCCUGGAACUCACACCCCGGGACAUCAUACCCCGGGGACCUCUACGCCGACCUACAGCAGACCUUUUACACCGUCAGGUGAGAAAGACGACCCUUAUGCCCGUUCUAGGCGCCCUCCCCAACCGAGAAAUCUUGACGCUCUCGAUCCCAGAUUUGUCUUUGGUGGGAGGGACAAUCGAAGAAGCCAAAAUUACACAUCUUCAACGUCGACAGUCCCCUUGCCCCGUCCAAGAGGAAAUGCUUCAGAAAUUGCUUCAAAAGAAGAGAAGAGGUCAAGCUUCUUUGGUGCCGGCGGAAAGCAUCAUCACCAUGGUUCCACCUCUGAUAGUGACGCCCGUUCUGUCAUCGGAAAACAGCACCACCAUGGGUCGAUGUCGGAGUUGAAGCGGUUCUUCAAGAUUGGAGGUCAUAAGCAGAGCAAGGAGAAACGCGCCCAGUCGCCAGCACCGUCUGCCAAGACUGAGAGAUCAUCUAAGGCUGAGAAACCAUCGAAGACCAAAAAAUCUGGAACCAUGUCUCCGCCCUUGUCACAUGGGUCCGUCAGCGUACCAUUCGCCGAUGAUCACGGGUUGCAGAGCAAGUACGGAAAGUUCGGAAAGGUUCUCGGAUCUGGAGCUGGAGGCUCGGUGCGGCUCAUGAAGCGAAGCAGCGACGGAGUAACAUUUGCUGUGAAGCAAUUCCGCCCAAGACAUACGUAUGAGACGGAAAGGGAGUACACCAAAAAGGUCACGGCCGAAUUCUGUAUUGGAUCCACGUUACAUCAUGGCAACAUCAUUGAGACCAUGGACCUUGUGCAGGAGAAGGGAAACUUCUACGUCGUCAUGGAGUAUGCACCUUUCGAUCUCUUUGCAUGCGUUAUGACUGGAAAGAUGAGCCGCGAAGAGGUCAGCUGCGCGACGCUCCAGAUUCUUAACGGAGUAACCUAUUUGCAUGGCAUGGGAUUAGCACAUAGAGAUCUUAAGCUGGACAAUGUUGUUGUCAACGAGCAUGGGAUCAUGAAGAUCAUUGAUUUUGGGAGUGCCGCAGUCUUCCGUUAUCCUUUUGAGAACGAUGUCGUUCUCGCAAGCGGCAUCGUUGGCUCUGAUCCCUAUUUGGCUCCUGAAGUAUAUGAUCUUUCCAAAUACGAUCCCCAACCCACGGAUAUAUGGUCGCUCGCCAUCAUUUUCUGCUGUAUGACGUUGCGCCGCUUCCCUUGGAAAGCCCCUCGCGUCUCGGAUAAUUCCUACAAGCUCUUCGUUGCUCCUCCAAACGAUGGUCCAAAGUCUAUCACAAAUCCCUCAAAAUCAACCCCAAACCUCAAUCCCGAUUCCACAGGCGAAGACCGGCGUCAAGCCGGCCCGCAAUCCGAACCCGCAUCUCGACAGCCCUCAGAUCAGUCUACUUCCACACAUCGUCAUCACCAUCAUCACCGCAAGGAUGGGGCUCACAAGGAACAACAACCGCCUCAAAUAAUCAAGGGUCCUUGGCGGCUCUUGCGGUUGCUGCCGCGUGAGAGCAGGCACAUUAUCGGAAGGAUGCUCGAGAUUGAUCCCAAGAAGCGAGCUACCUUGGAAGAAAUACUCGAAGACCGAUGGGUCAAAAACAGCCAAGUCUGCUCACAGGAAGAAGGCGGGAUGGUGUUAAGAAUGGAGAACCAUGAGCACACUCUUGAGCCUGGUUCUGGGUCUUCCGCGCCACCAACGAAACAGCAGAAGUGA